AUGGGCUUGUUUUCCAUCACCAUCACCAUACAUUGGAGGGGGGAGGGGAUCCUCCUCCCCCUCGUCUUCUUCCUCCUCCUCCUCCUCAUCCUUCUCCUCCUUCCCCCUCCAACUUAUGGUGGUGGUGGUGAAACAAACAUGCCCAUCAUGAUGGCUCGGGAUCUCGCAGCGAGUGUCGUGCUAUCAGGAGUUCUACAACGCCUCCGCACCAUGCGCCACUUGCACAGAGGAGCCCCACGAUAUGACGUGCCGCUAUGGUUGCGGAGGACGAUCAAUGGAGAGGAAGCAUGUUGCCAAAUAAUUGCCAUAUGUCUAGAACAUGUGUUAAACGUGCUUUAA